UCCAAAAUGGGGACACCCUUGAUUACGCGGAAUAUUCAAUUACACGAGCCAAGGUCGGACAGACUACAGAAGUACAGUACUUUUUAAAACGAGUCCGUCGCGGGUCGGAACAUGCAACAAUCAAACUACUGUACAGAUGGAAUCGCCUGAAAAUCACGAGCAGCAACGCCGGUCGCCGCCAUCAUCGUCCACCCCAAAGCUCUUCACCUUAUUCUCCGCCUUGGUGCUCAUCUCAGCAAUUUCAUACGGGUUCGUCCUAUCAACCCGCUACAAUCAUGUCCACAUCUUCUCCCGACCCAACAGCAUUUUACAAAAGCUCCGAAAUAUUCUUCACCCAAACCCCAAACGAGCCCUAAAUCAGACUCCAUCAAACCUCAAUCCCGCACCCCCUCACUGUCUACUGUGGAUGGCUCCUUUCUUAUCAGGUGGUGGGUAUAGCUCAGAAUCUUGGUCAUACAUCCUAUCCUUACACCAGUACCUUAAACACAAAAAAGAUCCAAAAUUUAGGGUCAGCAUCGAGCAACACGGAGAUUUUGCAAGCGUGGAGUUCUGGGAAGGUUUAUCACCGGAGAUGAGAAACUUAGCUAUCCAGCUCCAUCAAACUCAAUGUAGAUUGAAUGAAACAAUAGUGAUCUGUCAUAGUGAGCCUGGAGCUUGGAACCCUCCUUUGUUUGACACCCUCCCAUGCCCACCAAUCGGUUAUGGGAUCUUCAAGGCUGUGAUUGGGAGAACCAUGUUUGAAACCGAUAGGGUAACUCCUGAUCAUGUCCAACGGUGUAACAAUAUGGAUUAUGUUUGGGUUCCUACUGAUUUUCAUGUCGAGACAUUUACCCGGAGUGGGGUGGAUCCUUUCAAGGUUAUUAAGGUUGUCCAGGCAGUUGAUUUGGAGUUCUUCAAUCCGGCCAAGUAUGAACCUCUUGAUAUUCAUGCAAUGGGCAAUUUAGUGUUAGGGAACGAUGAGAAUUUAAGGAAAUCAUUUGUCUUCUUAAGUGUUUUCAAAUGGGAGCAUAGAAAGGGAUGGGAUGUGCUGUUGAGUUCGUAUUUGAGAGAAUUCGACAAAGAGGAAGGCACUGCUUUGUUUUUGUUGACUAAUCCCUAUCACUCAAAUAGAGAUUUUGGGAACAAGAUUGUUGAGUAUGUUGUGGAGACGGCUGGGUUGAAAGAACCAGUCAGUGGGUGGGCCCCGAUAUAUGUGAUCGAUGACCAUAUACCUCAGGUUGAUCUGCCGAGGCUUUACAAGGCAGCCAAUGCGCUCGUCUUGCCUUCCAGAGGAGAGGGUUGGGGAAGGCCCAUUGUUGAGGCCAUGGCAAUGUCACUGCCUGUGAUAGCCACAAAUUGGUCAGGCCCAACAGAGUACCUGACCGAAUCAAAUAGUUACCCGUUAUCCGUUGACAAGUUCAGCGAAGUUACAGAAGGGCCAUUUAAGGGGCACUUGUGGGCUGAGCCAUCUGUUGAUAAGCUGAGAAUGCUAAUGAGGCAUGUAGUGGUCAACUAUGAGGAAGCCCAAGUCAAAGGGAAGCGGGCUAGGGAUGAUAUGAUUGGCAAGUUCUCUCCUGACAUUGUGGCUGGGGUUGUUGCUGAACAUAUACAUCACAUCAUUGAUAAUGCCAAUUGAGGAAUUUAAUAGGAAAAUUUUCUUAUGAAGAAGAUUUCUGAUAAACUGAACAAGGUCGAUGGUGGAGAGUUCAUCCCGAUGGGCGAUGGCUUGUUAAAAAAAUCCAAACAGCAUUUUCUUGGAUGUAUCACCUUCUGUUUAUAGCUGCAAAGAACAAUGAAUGGCGGAUGUAUGGAUUGAAAUUUGAUGGUGGUAUACGAAUUGUUAAAUAUGUUACGGGUUGUUAUAACAUAUAUACUGAUUAUUCA